AUGGUUAAUACGACCUGCAUUUCAACACUUGGAGUAACAUGAUGCAGUAUCGCUUAUGUUCUGGCUGGUCUCUCAUUCCUUGAAUUACUUGCUACAGUAUUAUAAAAUCAGGGUUACCAAGUCGCAAUGCAUAUAAAAUUAUUUAGGAUUUUCAUGAAUAAAGUAUUAGCAAUUCUGUAUAUCCAGUUAUUGCAGACAAUAUUUAUGUUUGUUCAUUAUAUGAUUAUUGACUCAGCUUUUGAUAUUUUGUUUUUAAUUAUGAUUUAUUUGCAGUUCGUAGAAAAUACUUUGGUGUUUUAUUAUUUUGCAGGGGAAGCCUCAAAAAUGAAAAAGGGGAAAAUGUAUAACAUUAUGGGCAUUUCUUUGCUUAUCGCAAAUAUAAGCUAUUUAACUGGAUACAUGAUUUAUAUAGGGAUUGCUAGUGGCUCAAACGAAGAUAUUUAUGACUGUACAAAUGGUAUUUGGAUAUAUCUGCGUGCAAGUGGGUUGGUUCUUACAGUACUUUUCUUUAUUUUAGGAGUGAGAAUGGCUUAUGAACUAAAGAUUUUAAAGCAAAACAGCUUAAUGAUCAACACAAGCAGAGAAAAAGAACUAUGGUAAUUUUUCCAUCAGGUUUUUGAUUUUAAUUGUGCUUUUUGGCAAUAUUGUUGCUAUGGUGCAAACUAUGAUACAAGUUUUAACACCUCAUAAUAACUGUGUAGUUCUAUUUUCAAGUGCAAGCUUAGGGAUCAAUAUCUUUUUAUUCCUUUUAAUAAGAUUUAUGAGCCAAGAUAUAUUCAAUGUUUAUUGUUUAUAUGUUUUCUGGGCAGGAAGAAGGGAUUCAAGUGCUGAGGAGUCAGGAGUAAAUUUAAUAUAGAUUUCUCUUCCUAUAGAUGACCCAUUUGGAUCACCUAUUAUGAGCCAUUGCUCAAAAGAUAUAGCAGAAGAAAAUGUGGAUUCAAGUCAAGAAAUAUCGUUUUACUAA